CUCUUUUCCUUCAUUCUAUAACCGAGCAGUGUUUCUCUUUGUUGUCUAGAGAGAUACUGCAAACCCUAUAGAAUCCUAACAGUUUUCUUUUUCUAGCUUAAAGCAAAGUAAUAAUACCAGCAAUAACAACAACAAUGGCACGUCAACUUCUUGCUCUUGCACUCAUCUUUGUCGCCGUUGCAGGCGCAUUCGCAGCAGAGGCACCUGCUACUACCCCUUCCGCUUCUCCAUCACCCAAGGCUCCUGAGAAGUCCCCAGAAGCUGCUUCCCCUAAGGCCUCAGCUUCUGUUCCCACCACCUCCGCUCAGGCACCUAAGGCCGCUGCUGCUGCCCCUAAAGCUGAAUCUCCUAAGGCUUCAGCUUCUGCCCCUGCCACCUCCGUCUCUGGCCCAUCUCCUGCUGCAGAAGAGGGUAACGCCCCUGAGGCAUCUUCUGAUUCCCCAACCUCUUCACCUCCUGCACCAUCCACUGAUGGUUUGUCCCCAGCUGCCGCCGCUGGCCCUGCAGGUGAUGCUCCUAGCGACUCCCCUGCUGAGGCUCCAGCCAAGCCCAGCUCUGCUGCCACCCUGAAGGUGUCCGCUGCUGCUGGAGUUGCUGCCGCCGCUGGCUUCUUCUUGUUUUAAAACAAUAUUAAUGAUGAUGAUGAGGAGAUUGUAAUGCACCUGUUUAUUUCACAUUGAAGUCUCCGAUUUAAUUUAGUUUGUUCUUUUUCUUCUUAAAAGAAAGAAGCCAUUAUUAUUUAACUAGAGGCUCUGUGUGUUGUAACAAGGCUCUCUAACUUAAUUCCUUCUCGUGCUUCUUUUGUA